AUGAAUGUUGUAUUAAUAGUGCCACUAUUUAUAAAGAAUAUUUUAUUUUCUAUUCAUAUGAUCACAAUUGUAACGGGAAGUGCACGGAAAAGACAGGAAAUUAAUGAAUACAUAGAUAACAGAAUCCAAUACCAGUUUAUAGAGCAGGACUUGGAUGAAAUACAAGGCACUUCCACUGAGAUAAUACAAAACAAGCUUAAAACAGCCCACAAACUAGUUAAAGGGCCAGUGGUUGUAGAGGACUACUCACUGUACAUUGAUAAGCUAUGCGGAUUUCCUGGUCCGUAUGUUAAAUCUGUUUUAAGAAAUGGAGAGCUGUCAAAAAUAGUAAACAAUCUUGCCCCACUUGGGGAAUUAAAGUGCACAGCAGAGUGCUUGUACGGUUAUAUAGACAAAAGCGAUGAGUGCCACAUAUUCUCUACCAGGGUUAAUGGCAUUCUUAUUCCAGCCACCCCAGUCACCGAUGGGUUAUUUGGAGUGGACUAUAUACUAAUCCAAGAGAACACAAGUGUUCCAUUCUUUUAUCUUACAAAGGAGGAGAAGAGUAAAAACUCAAUUAGAAGAAAAACUAUCAACCAGCUAAUAGAGCAUUUAGAAAAGGAAAAAAAGAUAAAGGAAAAAGAAUGUGUAAAAAAUAUUUUACAAAAUGAAGAAGAGAACAGUCUUUCUAUGCAAUAA